AUGCCUGGAAAUGGAACGGGAACUUUUGGACGGGUCUACUUGACAAAGUUUCGACAGAACCAGACGUUCUAUGCCAUGAAGGUCCUCAAAAAGUCCGAAGUUGUGCGGCUAAAGCAGGUUGAGCACAUCAACUCGGAGAAGCAGAUCCUUGCACAGGUUCACUACCCAUUUAUCGUCAACCUGUUCACGACAUUUCAGGAUGAUCGCCACUUAUACAUGCUGUUGGAGUAUGUGAUCGGAGGCGAACUUUUCUCACAUUUGCGCAAGGCUGGACAGUUCACCAACGAUAUGACGCGGUUCUAUGCAGCAGAAAUCGUACUGGCAAUCGAAUACCUGCACUCGAAAGAUAUUAUCUACCGUGAUCUGAAGCCAGAGAACUUGUUGCUGGACUCGGCUGGACAUGUCAAGAUUACUGAUUUCGGAUUCGCCAAGCAUGUUGUGGACCGAACCUGGACGCUAUGCGGAACACCAGAAUACCUUGCACCAGAGAUCAUCCAGUCGAAAGGACACGGCAAAGCGGUCGAUUGGUGGGCACUCGGUAUUCUGAUCUUUGAGAUGCUAGCUGGAUACCCACCCUUCUUUGACGACAACCCUUUUGGCAUCUACGAAAAGAUUCUUGCAGGACGGAUCUAUUUCCCUCCGCAUAUCGACCCUACCGCCAAGGAUCUCAUCAAAAAACUCCUGACCGCUGACCGAACUAAGCGACUCGGCAACUUGAAGGGUGGAUCGGAUGACAUUAAGAACCAUAAAUGGUUCCGGGGCGUGGAUUGGCAGGGCUUGUUGGACAAGACCGUGGGCGCACCGAUAGUUCCACCAAGUAUUCACCCAGGCGACACCAGCAAUUUUGAAAAGUAUCCCGAGGUCGUCGACGAAGAAGCUGGACAGACAGGCGAUCCUUACCGUUCAUUGUUCAUGAACUUUUAA